AAACACAAAACCACCAAGUACUAAGUUUCUUCUCUCUUUUGCUUUUGUCUUGUAUUCUGUUGAUCUUCAACCAUGGUGCUCUCAAAACCAGCUUCUGAUUCUGAUCUCUCGAUGCUUGCAACUUCUGCCUCUCGCUAUGUCCGGGAUUCACUCCCUAGGUAUGACAUGCCAGAGAAUUCAAUACCAAAGGAGGCAGCUUACCAAGUCAUACACGAUGAGUUGCUGCUUGAUUUCAAGCCAAAGUUGAACUUGGCUUCCUUCGUCACCACGUUGAUGGAGCCUGAGUGUGACAAGCUGAUCAUGGAGUCCAUCAGCAAGAAUUAUGUUGACAUGGAUGAGUACCCUGUUACCACUGAGCUUCAUAAUCGGUGUGUGAACAUGAUAGCACGUUUAUUUCAUACUCCAUUAGGAGAGUCUGAGGAUGCAAUUGGAGUGGGAACUGUAGGAUCAUCCGAAGCUAUAAUGCUAGCUGGCCUUGCAUUCAAGAGGAAAUGGCAAAAUAAGAGGAAGGCCGAAGGAAAACCCUUUGACAAGCCCAACAUUGUCACUGGUGCCAAUGUUCAGGUAUGCUGGGAGAAAUUUGCCAGGUACUUUGAGGUGGAGCUGAAGGAAGUGAAUGUGAGGGAAGGAUACUAUGUAAUGGACCCUGCCAAAGCUGUUGAAAUGGUGGAUGAAAACACCAUAUGCGUUGCUGCUAUCUUGGGCUCUACUUACAAUGGGGAAUUUGAAGAUGUCAAGCUCUUAAAUGAUCUCUUGCUAGAAAAGAACAAGCAAACUGGAUGGGAUACUCCAAUUCAUGUUGAUGCUGCAAGUGGUGGAUUUAUUGCACCAUUCAUUUAUCCAGAACUCGAAUGGGAUUUCCGACUUCCACUAGUGAAGAGCAUCAAUGUUAGUGGCCAUAAGUAUGGGCUUGUUUAUGCUGGAAUUGGGUGGAAUAUUUGGAGAAGCAAAGAUGACCUCCCUGAAGAACUCAUCUUCCACAUCAAGUACCUUGGAGCUGAACAAUCCACCUUUACCCUCAAUUUCUCUAAAGGUUCAAGUCAAAUUAUUGCUCAGUAUUAUCAACUAAUCCGCUUGGGCCAGGAGGGGUACAAGAAUAUCAUGGAAAAUUGUCACGAAAAUGCCAUGGUGCUGAAGGAAGGCUUAGAGAAGACUGGUUGCUUUGAGAUUUUGUCCAAGGAUGAUGGAGUUCCAGUGGUGGCCUUUUCUCUUAAGAACAAGAAAGGCGGUCACGAUGAGUUUGAGGUCUCUGAAAUGUUGCGUAGGUAUGGUUGGAUUGUGCCUGCAUAUCCAAUGCCAGCAGAUGCUCAACAUGUGAUUGUGCUUCGCGUUGUGAUAAGGGCAGAGUUCUCACGCACCCUUGCUGAGCGUCUUGUGCAUGACAUCACUACGGUUCUCCAUGAGCUUGAAAAGUUGCCCCCAAAAGUUAACAGUGAAGGGAAAGAAGUUCAUGUCAAUGUUGAAGAGAAUUGGAGCAAUGGUGUUGUGUCCAAGAGAAAGAGUGACUUGGAAACACAGAGGGAAAUCACUACUUAUUGGAAGAACUAUGUUAGUGCUCAGAAAGAAAUCAAGAGGCAAAAGGUCAUGGCCUCCUAAGAGUAUUAUGAAGAUGGUAGCUAACUCUGCUUAAGUCGAUAAAAAAAAAAAAAAGUGAGAACUUUUUAACACCAUUUGAAAAUUUUGUUUUUGUAUUUUUUUUUCCAGUAGCUUUGCGGAGCUCUAAUUAGUUUAUGUGUGUUGGUUCUCCCCCAUUUUGGCUACCAAGCUCAUAUAAUGACAAUUAAAGAUUGAC